CUUUGAAUUAUUAUUUUUAGUUGUCUUUUUUCCGCUAUUUCUUUUUUUUAUACUUUUAGGCUUCUUGGCACUUUGGGUUUUCGGUUUCAAAGCACUAUUUUCUUUUUUUCUUUUAUUUUCUUUCGUCUUUGGGCUUUAGUUUAGGCUGCUUUUGUCUUUUCGUUCGUCGCUCUUCUUAACUCGCUUUCUCACUUUCUCACUUUCCUCUUCUCACUUUUUCUUCUUUCACUCACCCACUAUUUUUAUUUUUAUUUUUGCAUGUUUACUUGUAUUUGAGCAGCAUACAGACACACUAUACGCCUUUCACGACCAAAACAAAAAACACCAAGAGGAAAAUUUAUACAAGUCAAACUAAAAAAGGGAUCUACUCAAGAAUAACAGCAAUUGUUUUUCCCUCAUUUUUUUAAACUCUCUCUCUUUCUGACUUUUUUAUCACUCUCUCUAUCUAUAUUCACCACACACAACAUUUUUAUUACACAAUGAAUAGAAGGAGAGACUCUAGCAGCAGCAUCAGCGGGUUCCAGUCAUCACCACGACAACAUCAGCAGCAGCAGCAGCAGCAGUAUGACACCUCACAGAACUACCCUCAGCAGCAGUCAUACAACUAUGCAAACUACGACGACCACAGUCCCAUGCCGAUGCCACCGCCCCAGGUCGGGCAUGUGCGCAAUCCCUCGGCUUCCACAGCAGGAAUGACGGACGACAGCCCGUUUUUCAGCGCGCAAGAAGAGACCUUUCCGUCGCCCAAGCCGCUGUACAACAACACGAACAACCACAAUAGUUACAACAACAGCUACAACAACAGCAGCUACCAAGAGGACCAGUACGGGGGGGCAGCAGCAGCUGGAGCAGGGGGGUUCUAUGGCACACCGCAUGCCGAGUCCGCAUUGACAGCCGGCGGCGGAUCGCUGGACAAGGAGGCCUCUGAGCUAAACCAGCUCAAGCCCAACGGCGGCAGUGGAUCAUCCAUGAAGCGGCGACACCAGCGCCGCAAAUGCUGCGGCAACGGCAUGUACUGCUUCUGCUGCUCGCGCCGAUGCUGUUGCAUUUUCCUUCCGAUUCUCGCCGUCAUCCUGGUCGCGCUAGGCGUCACACUGUUCUUUGUGUUCCCGAGGAUCCCCGAGGUCACCUUCUCGGGCGUCUCUGUGGCCGGCACCAAUUCGGCCACCAAGGAUAUUUCAAUUUCGGAUUUGUCCGACAAUCUGACGGUUAACCGGCGCGGCGUGGUGACGGUUCCGCUGAUCAUCUCGCUCAACCUCACCAACCCCAACUUCAUCCCCUGGACGAUCCACAAUGUUACGGUCGACGGGCUGCUGAAGAACACGACGACUGGCGGCGAGGACUAUCCGGUGGGCGAGGGUGGCCUUGUGGUGCCGUUCAAUAUGCCGCGCAAGUUCAAUUUCCACUUGGACACAAACAACACGAACUACCUGGACGCUGCCGUCAUUGUGCAGCAGGCGUGCACGGCCGGCGGGCCCCAGCUGCGCUUCCGCUACCACGCCAAAGUCAUUAUCAAGGCCAUCUCGUGGCUGGGAAUCAAGCCGGUGAUCUCAGACACAAUCAAAUUUGACUGCCCCGCCAAGGAAAUCGAGAGCCUGGGAUCAACAUCAGCGACCUGACCGGGCUACUGAACGGCGUUGUCUUGUAGUGUUGGAGUUGGAUAGCAUGCAUUCGGAGCUUACCUUUUCGCAUUUUUUGUUUGUAUAAAGGAUGCCGGUUGUCUUGUUUUUUAAAACCCGAAAAAUUGCCAGGAAAAAAGCAGCAGGGCUGAAUGCGCCCUUUUUCAUUCGGACCAAGCAGUACGGGGUGGGAUCGCAGCAACAGCAGACAGCAAUGACAGCAGCGGCGAUCAAUCUAUCAAACAAGAAAGAAAGAACAGCCGCUUUUUCCACAGCCUUUUUUCGUUUCGGAUAGUGUUUCGUUUUUAUUUCUUUUUA